AUGGACUGUUGCGCAUCUGGCUCCGUGCGCCUUGCGCUCCCCGGAUAUUUACGCAUGGCGUUGCUGUGGCUGGUGCAAUUAGGAGCGUUCGCACAACAUGCUCCGGAGUGUAACCCUGGAGGUCAUCGGACUUUGCAUAAUCCUUAUCGCAGCAUCGACUUCGACUCCACGGACAUCCAGGACACGGCCAUCCAGGACCUGAUCUGUGACCACUCGCUGUCGCCGGGCUGGUACAGGUUCAGGAUCAACGACAAGCCGGCGGAGAUGCCGACCAGCUGCGUGGAGAUGAACCGCUGUGGGACUCAAGCUCCGGUCUGGCUCUCCCUGAAGGACGCCUCCCUUCCGGGGCCCGGCGAGGUCCGCCAGCUCUCCGCCUGUGCCACCUGGCAGUUCUUCCACGGCAGCACCAAGGACUGCUGCCUCUUCCGCAUUCCCAUCACGGUGCGGAACUGCGGCGAGUUCCUGCUGUACCAACUGCAGCCCACACAGGGGUGCAUGGGAUACUGCGCUAAAGUUACUCCAGAUUUGGGACCCAGACUCUGCCCGCCAGGUGAGGUAGAAGUCAACGGCCGAUGCACAGCUGCCGUCCCGCCCCUGCCGUCCCGGCCCGUCAUCACCCCGGAGCUCAUCGGCCACAGUGUCCACCUGAGGUGCUCCUUCAUCCCGCCGCCGUGGAACCAGCCGAUGGGCUUCCAGGUGGUCUGGGCCAGACACAUCGGCCACAGCAUGAAGGCCGAGAUCAGGCAGGAAUCCACACCGAAGCCCCUCUCUCUGGUUGAGAUGGAUGGCGUCCACUUCAGGCUUGGAGAAACGUUCUCCUGCAGCGUGUCCACAUUCAGAGCCAACUCCAGUCACACCCGAUCUCCUCCUAAAGAAAGUGAGGGUUUCUACGCCGGACUGAAGUUUUCUCCAGACUCGCUCCACAUAGCAGAGAACAGCAAGGAGCACGAGGUGACGGUGCACAGCACAGUGCCCAUCCCCUGCUACGCCGCCGACCACGGUCGCCAAUGUGGAGUCCCUCUGACCCUGAGCGUCCACGACCCAGACGGUCUCGAACACGAGGCCCCAAAUGUGGCGCUGUCCGCCUGCCAGGUGGAACUCCAGCCCAACAACGCCUGCAGUGAAGGAAGCUGCGGCCGGGCAACAGUUUUUGUCACCGCCGUCACCGACUUCACGCGAGAUGGGAAUCGUCCGAGUCUCAUCGGAGUUUCGCCCGGAACGAGCGCACCACGGCUCUGGAGAAACUACGUCCCAGAAUCUCUGAAAGUCACGGUCCAGGACGUUCCUACUUCCAUCUGCUACUCUCUGACCGACCCUCAUGUCAUUACUCUGGACGGCAGGCGUUAUGAAAACCACCAGACGGGCACCUUCGUCCUCUACCGGAGCCUGGUCAGGGACUUCGAGGUCCACUCACGGCAGUGGGACUGCGGCAGCCGGCACUACGCCGUCGCCUGCAACUGCGGCGUCGCGGUGCGAGAGGGGAAUGACGUCGCCGUCUUUGACAUGUGCAGCGGCCAGCUGCAGGAGACGAGGCCACAGCUCACCCUGAAGAACCUGGGCGACAGGGAGGGCAGUCGAGUCAGGGUGCUGGAGACCCACCAGGGGAAGAAGGUCACCUUGAUCUUUCCCUCCGGGGCCUUUGUUAGGGCCGAUGUUGGCGAUUGGGGGAUGAGCCUGUCCGUGCGGGCGCCCAGCGUUGACUACGGCAACACGCAGGGCCUCUGCGGCACCUUCGACCACAACGGCAACAACGACUUCCACGGCUCGGACGGGGGCUCCUACGGCCCUGAUGACCUGCAUCGCUUCAUAGAGGACUGGAGGAUUGCUCCCGGUGAGAGUUUGUUUGACCGGACGCCUCCCGGGACCAUUCAAGAGGUCAGGAGGCCUUUCUGCCAGUGCCAGAAGAGAUACAGCGCUGCUCAUCACGCUGUCAGAGGGAUGAGGAACUUGUACAAUCCGUCCGCUCACUCCGACUGCAUAGCGCACGAUAAUGUGGAUUACACAUCUGUGUUCCCUUCUAUGGACACAACAGUGGAAUACAUGGAGAGUCCAGAGAGAGAGGAGAGCAUCCUGGAUUUGUCUGACUUUAACGCUCACCCUCUGGAGAGAAGGCACCUUCGGUUUCACGCCGAGCACAAUCCAAACGGUGAUCUUGAACUGGACGGUGAGUUCAGGGAGAAUCUUCUGCUUUCCACUGAGCGGUCCAGGAGACAGGCCUCAUUUGAAUUCCAGCCCGUCUUUGCUGCUCAGAGCCUCAGCCAAGCGGAUCUGGAGAAUUUUGCCUACUUCUUCCCCGAGGAUCACCUGGCGGAAGCCCGACCGGAGGUGCAACCCGAAUGGCCGACGCCGAGCGGCCUGACCUCGGCCAAAGCUCUUGAAGUGUGCCAGAUAGCCUUGGCCAACUCCACCAUUGGUGCAGUGUGCCGGGGGCUGCUGGGACGCCGCCUGGACGAGGCGGUGGAUCUCUGCAUUCUGGACCUGCAGCUCAAAGACGACCUGGGCUGGGAGGAGGCGCUGCUGCCGUACCUGGAGAACGAGUGUGAGAGGAGGCUGCUGGAGAACCGGACCCAGAGAGCCCUGGAGGUGGCUGCUCCACCGGGAACAUCCAGGGAGGUGGUGACGGCGCUGCGCUGCCCCAACUUCUGCAAUGGUAACGGAGAGUGUACGGAGUGGGGAUGCCAGUGUUUCCCCAGCUACAGCUUCUACGACUGCAGCCUGGCCAUCAGCCAGCCGGUGGAGCUAACAGAUUUGGAGAACGGCGGACUGUGUGACAUCCGAGCCUUCAACUGCCGCGGCGUUCGAGUCUUCGGCCUCGGCUUCAUCGACUCUCCCGACCUCAGCUGCCAUGCCAACAGACUGAAGUACAUGAACGGAGUUUGGGUUGAAGGGGAGAAACAGAGAACCAAAGCCACCUUCCUCAGCUCCAAAGCUCUAGACUGUGCUGUUCCAUCUCUGAGCAACACAGCCGUCAACACAGAAGACUUCAUGAUGGACGACAAACCGUACGCACGCUGGGAGAUCAAGGUCACCAAUGACGGCUCCCAGUACAGCCAGGCCAAAGUGCUGACCAUCUACGACGGCGUUUGCCAGGUCUGCGAGGCGUCGCGCUCUGGACUCUGUAAGUUAAAGGAGAGGACGUGCAACAUCGACGGGAUGUGUUUCGCAGAAGGAGUCUCCAGUCCCAGCAGCCCUUGCCUCCUCUGCGACCCGGACACCUCCAAAUUCAGCUGGUCUGUCAAUCAAGUCAACGAGCCGCCGGCCUUCCACCAGCCUCAAAGCGACCUGCGGACAUUUGCCGGGGAGCACUUUGUCUUCCAGUUUGCGGCGUCGGACCCCGAGGGCUCGGCCCUCCUCUUCCAGCUGGAGGAGGGGCCGAAGGGGGCCUUGCUCUCUCCUGCCGGCCUCCUCAUCUGGAGGGUCCCGUCGCUUCCUGAGGAGGAGGGACGUCAGACUUUCCGCUUCACGCUGUCGGACGAGUGCAACGCCCAGAGCUCCUUCACUGUGGAGAUCGGCGUGGUGCCGUGUGGGUGUCAGAACGGAGGUACUUGUGUGACGGACGUCAAUGUCCCUGCUGGAAGUGGGAAGCACCUGUGCGUCUGUCCUGAGGGCAAGCAGGGCGACCUCUGCGACCGGGACGUGGACGGAUGUCGGUCGGCCCAGUGCCCAGCCGGCAAGUGCAUCAGCACGGCCGCCGGGUACCGAUGCGAGUGUCCUGCAGGGUUGAAAGGUGUCACAUGCCUGGAAGAUGUCAAUGAGUGUGAAAGGAAGCCAUGUUUUCUCGGAGUCCAGUGCUUCAACAGCUUUGGCUCCUACGGCUGCGGCCCAUGCCCCAACGGCAUGCUGGGAAAUGGGACGAUAUGCACAGUCGUCCCCGUCUCUGCCACAUCUGCUCCUCGUACGACCGUCUACAAGACACCAGAUGUUCUGCUGCAACCACCCAAAAUAAAGACAGACCCUUUACGGAAGACCUUAAGUGGUAGCUCCCCGCAGACGAGGGCUGAGGCGGGGAAGACUCUUCCAAAGGUUGAUCCAAACCGGUCCCAAACUAAGACCAACGCUUGGAGACGAGGCCUGAACCCGGCGCUCACUAAGGCAGAAACUAACAAGAGCGUCACAGCAGGUCUACCAAUAGUGUCCCAAAUAAAGACUGAUGCUUUGAGAAAAAGCCAAGUAAUUAAAGUCAACCCAUCAACAACCGACAAGGACACUUUCAAGAACAUCUCAGGAAUCAGCAACACUAUUGCAAAGACAUCCACUGUCGCCCAACCUCCAGGAAGUAGCAGACCAGCUUCAGGAUCUGGUCGGUCUCCAGCUGUGAAUGCGUCGGCUACGUGUGCCAGCAGGCCCUGCUUCCCCGGGGUUCAGUGCAUCAACCGCAGGCCGCCACAUGUCGGCUACGUCUGCGGCCGCUGCCCACCCGGCCUUUACGGCAACGGACGCGUCUGCAUGAAGAACGCCAAGGAAGCAUCCAAUCACCUUCCUCAGCAGCAGACGCUCGGCAAGACCGUCCGAUCCUCGCAAGGAAGCAGCGGCAAAGUCUCUCAGCUCCACUUGCCCAUCCUGCCCAGCAGACACGGCAUCAAACACCUGUCCUGGUCUGUCACCAGAGCCAACCGAGACCAGGUUCCCACUUCAGGGAGGGGCGGCGGGACCGGGAGGAGAGAGGCGGUCACUGUCGCCUCCAGAGAUGUCCCAAGAACGUCAAUCAGCGCCCUCCACGUCACUGCAAACACCCACAUCACCCGCCACGGUGCCAGCCUCAGAACGGAUGCCAGGACGUACGCCAGGUCCAGCACGACCAUCUCCAGGGAUUUUAUGGUUCCCCAUGUGACGGUCUCCAAGCAGUCUGAAGCAGCAUUGACUGGUUCCCCACCUUCGAAGGUAACACCACCCGCUCCUCACCUAUCAACUCAGUCUGGCAAAGUGACGCAGACCAAACAGACAACCCAGCCCAAGCUCAACCACCUGGCGUCCACCCACGCCAAACCCUGGACCCCUCCGAGACCUGCCUUCCCUCUCACAGCGGCCCUCACCGCUCUGUCGUACUCGCUGUCUGAGUCAGAGUUCUCUGCAGACGGAGAUGAGGCCGAGCCUGGAUCAGAAGAACCGGAGAUGGUUCAUGCAUUGAGCUUCACAACGCCGAGCAAGACGGUACAAAGAGCGACCUCCAUCCAGGCAGCGGGGAGGAGCGGUACGACUGCAAACAGACAUGUAACGGACUGCGCCGACCGGCCAUGUUUUCCUGGUGUCCCCUGUGAACCAUCCAUUGACGAGGGUUUCCACUGUGGGCGUUGUCCCGUAGGAUACACCGGAGAUGGACGAGCCUGCAGAGCUGUUUGCAGGCAUACGUGUGGUAGGAACAUGGAGUGUGCUGCCCCAAACACGUGCCGCUGCAAACCAGGCUACACCGGAUUGGACUGUCAGACAGCAAUCUGUGAGCCGGACUGUAUGAACGGGGGUGUUUGCGUUGCUCCAGGUGUGUGUCACUGUCUCAGUGGGUUUCAUGGAGAAACCUGUGAGGAAGCUCUGUGCAGGUCACCAUGUGAAAACGGAGGCACCUGUGUGGGACUGCAGACUUGUUCGUGUCCUUACGGGUUUGUGGGACCUCGAUGUGAGACCAUGGUUUGCAGCCGUCACUGUCACAACGGAGGCCAGUGUGUGUCUCCGGACGAGUGCAUGUGUCUGACGGGCUGGAGCGGACCGUCCUGUGAGACAGCUCUCUGCUCUCCCGUGUGCCUCAACGGAGGUUCGUGUGCUCGGCCGAACGUCUGCGAGUGUCCUCACGGUUUCUACGGAGCACAGUGUCAGAACGCUGUCUGCAGUCCUCCCUGUAAGAACGGAGGUGUGUGUAUAAGAAACAACGUGUGCUCCUGUCUGCAGGGAUACACCGGGGGAAGAUGCGAGAAAAGUGUGUGUGAGCUCAGGUGUAUGAACGGCGGCAGGUGUGUCGGCCCAGACGUGUGCGAUUGUCCGUCAGGUUGGCGAGGAAAGAGAUGUGAUAAACCCAGCUGUCUGCAGCGGUGUCUGAACGGAGGGGAGUGUGUGGGAGCAAACACCUGCCACUGCACGGCGGGCUGGCACGGCACGCUGUGUCAGAUCCCUCACUGUGAACAGAAGUGUCUCUACGGGAGUCGAUGUGUCCGACCAAACGUCUGCGCCUGUCGGAGCGGAUCUCUUUGCUCCAGAAGGCUACCUAUCGGCCGAGGCUGAGACCAACGUACAACCAUCAGACACCAAAAAGUUAAAUCAGCACCAAUGAAACCUCCAUGAAACGGAGCCAUCAGAGCAGAGCGUCGACAGAAAUGAAAAUGUCUCUCCACUGGGAAACAAACUAGAGUAAAGUUUCCGCAAAAAACUCAAAGCAGGGGGAAAUCUAGGUUUUUAAAGCUUGAUAGCAUGCAAAAAAGAUUUAAAAGCAGUUAAACAGCUGCACUCACUUCUGGAUAAACUACUAUUUAUUUGAUCUUUGUAUUUCAUCUCCAGUAAUCUGGUUUCUUGAGUGUAUAUUUAUCUAGAAACACUUCCAAGCUCCAAUAUUGCCUCUGCCACGUUGGAGCUCCCAGAUCUAGGCUAACAGUUUCCCACCUACUUCCAGUCUUUGUGCUAAGCUAGGCUAAUGAGACACUGACAUGUUGUUGUAGAGGUAAAGACUUCCACACUCCACAGACAGGAAAUCAUUUCACAACCUUAUAAAAGUCUGUCACACUAUCCUUCUUAUUUUAUCAUACAUGAAGUUAUUGAUCAGGUCUUUACAAGCAGCUAAUUCAUUCAGUACGGGGACAUUUUUAAAUUCUACUACACAAACCAUUAACCUCUGUAUGAGUAUUUAUUUAUUUGGUUGUUUUAUAUUGUCGCAUAUUUCUAGUUGUAUAUAUCUUAAUCACUGUAUUAUCUGUUAUUUCUCAU